CGGUCCCUGGUGUUGGGGCUCGGUGAGAGGGCAGAGUCACGUCACACAGGGCUGGUCUGAAGGCUUAUUAGCCCGGGGAACCGAGCUCCAGGCUGCCUCACUCUGCAGCUCUGUGCGGCCAGCGGCGGAGGCUGUCCGGCGAACUUCGCCCAAACUUUCUGGAAACUCAGUGAAGAGAACAGAGACGCUCUGACAAAGUGUCGCAACCCGCCUCACUCCUGAUUCAAUCAAACUGCAGCUACUUUCCUCCCCUUUAAUAAUCAGAGCCUGCGCUUCUACUUUGACAAGUUUUGAAUGAGCCUCCUCACGUUUGCGUGGAGACUUUCUUGUAUUUUUCGCUGUUGCGCUUUUUAAUUUGCGCCUCAGGUUGAGAUAAAGCUCCUCUCGUGAUGGCUGUGUUGUCACUAGCUGUUCUGCUUGUUGGAUUUGUUUUGACUUCAGCUGACAAGGCUGGUGAAGCAAACCGGGAAGACCAGCUGCAGAGCCGGCUGAAGGAGUACGGCCUGGUCACGCCCUUCAGCACCGACUCCCACGGCCACUACCUGUCCCACCUGCUGUCCGCCACGCACAAGCAGCGCGUGAGGAGGGACGCGUUUCUCUCCGAGUCCAAGCAGAGACUCUUCUUCAACAUCACGGCCUUCGGGAAGGAGUUCCACCUGCGACUGCGGCCCAACAACCGGCUGGUGGCGCCCGGGGCGAUGGUGGAGUGGCACGACGAGGUUCGGGGGUUUGGGAACGCCACAGCGGGCGCCAACCGGACCGACGCGACGGAGAGGAUUCUUCAGCGGGAGCUGCUGAAGACGGACUGCACCUUCGUCGGUGACAUCACCGACGUCCCCGGAGCCACGGUUGCCAUUAACAACUGCGAUGGACUGGCUGGGAUGAUCCGAACCGACUCGGAUGAGUAUUUUAUCGAGCCGCUGGAGAAAGGCACUCAGGAGAUGGAGGACCAGGGCCGGGUCCAUGUGGUGUACCGCCGGUCGGCGCUGCUGCAGGCCCCCUCUGACAACUCACUGGAUUACCAGCUGCAAGAACCAGAGCUGGGUGUCGCCGCGACGCUGGACUCUCUGACGCAGCAGGUGAACCAGACGGUCCGCCGCCGCCGGCACCGCCGCGACGCCGGAGAAAACGACUACAACAUCGAAAUCCUGCUGGGAGUCGACGACUCGGUGGUUCGCUUUCAUGGCAAGGAGCAUGUGCAGAAUUACCUCCUGACUCUGAUGAACAUCGUGAACGAGAUUUACCACGACGAGUCGCUGGGGGUUCACAUCAACGUGGUUCUGGUCAGGAUGAUCAUGCUGGGUUACGCCAAGUCCAUCAGCCUCAUUGAGCGAGGAAACCCAUCACGGAGUCUGGAGAACGUUUGCCGCUGGGCGUUUGUGCAGCAGAAAGGCGACCCUGAUCACGCCGAACAUCACGACCACGCCAUCUUCCUCACGCGCCAAGGCUUCGGCCCCACCGGCAUGCAGGGUUACGCUCCGGUCACAGGGAUGUGCCACCCAGUCCGGAGUUGCACCCUCAACCACGAAGACGGCUUCUCGUCUGCGUUCGUCGUGGCUCAUGAGACCGGACACGUGUGAGUUCACGUUGGUAUUUCCGUGUUUUCUGGUGCGGCGCUCCUGAACGCCGUAACGUGAUCAGAGCUU